AUGGAUGUCAAUCAGGUCCUCACUGGGACCAUCAACCCAGAUGCCAACAUACGAGCACGGGCGGAGCAGCAGCUUCUUUCAGCUGCCGAGCAAGAUUUUCCCGGAUACCUCCUCACCCUCUCACGUGAGCUCGCAAAUGAUCAGGCCGACUCCUCAGUGCGCAUGGCCGCUGGUCUUGCGCUCAAGAACUCCUUCUCCGCACGCGAUUUCGCCCGCCUCCGAGAGGUCCAGAGACGAUGGCUCGAGCAGAUCGACCCGAGCGUGAAGCAAGAGGUGAAGCAACUGUCGCUGCAGACCCUCGGAUCAAACGACACAAGAGCUGGACAAUCCGCCGCACAAUUCAUUGCCUCCAUCGCCGCCAUUGAGCUGCCACGCGAGCAAUGGCCCGAGCUUAUGCCCACACUCGUGGACAAUGUAGGACAGGGCAGCGACCAGAAGAAGCAGGCGUCUCUCACAACCAUCGGCUUCGUUUGCGAGACAGACGAUCAGGACCUUCGGGACAGCUUGGCACAACACAGCAACGCAAUCCUUACAGCCGUCGUGCAAGGAGCACGCAAAGAGGAGGCCAACGCUGAUAUCCGAAAUGCCGCCAUCUCUGCGCUGGGCGACUCCCUCGAAUUUGUUAGGACCAACUUCGAGAACGAGGGCGAGCGCAACUACAUUAUGCAGGUCAUUUGCGAGGCCACCCAAGCCGAUGACAACCGUAUUCAGCAGGGCGCCUAUGGCUGCCUGAACCGUAUUAUGGGUCUGUAUUACGAGAAGAUGAGGUUUUACAUGGAGAAGGCGCUCUUUGGUCUCACGAUCCAGGGUAUGAAGAACGACGAGGAGGACGUUGCAAAACUGGCCGUCGAGUUCUGGUGCACUGUCUGCGAGGAAGAGAUCAGCAUUGAAGAUGACAAUGCUCAGGCAAACGCCGAAGGUAGCACCGAGCUGCGGCCAUACUUCAACUUUGCUCGCGUGGCCACGCAAGAGGUCGUGCCAGUGCUUCUCGAGCUACUGGCCAAGCAAGACGAGGAUGCGGCUGAUGACGAGUACAACCUUGCCCGCGCUGCCUACCAGUGUGUGCAGCUUUGGGCUCAAGCCGUUGGCAGUCAAGUUGUACCCCCAGUUCUGGCCUUUGUGGAGAAGAACCUCCGCAGCGAGGACUGGCACUACAGAGAUGCCGCCGUGUCUGCUUUCGGUGCCAUGAUGGAGGGUCCAGACGAGAAGGUCCUCGAUCCACUAGUCAAGCAGGCACUUCCAGUGCUCAUCACGAUGAUGGCCGAUUCCUCGGUUCAGGUCAGAGAUUCGGCUGCUUUCGCACUCGGCCGCAUCUGCGAAGCUGUUUCGGACUCGAUCGACCCUAACGAGCACUUACAGCCUUUGAUCACCUCACUGUUCCAGGGUCUUGCUUCGCAUCCAAAGAUGGCCAGCUCUUGUUGCUGGGCACUAAUGAAUCUGGCGGAUCGCUUCGCCGGUGAGCCUGGUUGCCAGACAAACGCUUUGUCCCAGCACUUCCAGGCCAGCGUUCAACAUUUGCUUCAACUCACGGAAUCUACCCAGGACAACAUGCUGCGCACCGCGGCUUACGAAGUUCUGAACGCGUUUGUCACCAACGCAGCCAACGACUCGGUACAGAUGGUCGCCAGCUUGAGCGAGGUGGUUAUUGACCGCCUCGAGAAGACUGUGCCCAUGCUCCAACAGGUCGUGUCCGUCGAGGACAAGCUCACACUCGAUGAGAUCCAAACAUCAUUGUCAUCUGUGAUCCUUGCCAUCAUCCAGCGACUCGAGAAUGAAGUCGCGCCCCAGGCCGACCGCAUCAUGACCCUAAUGCUUGGUCUCCUGAAUGCCCUUCCACCAAAGUCCAGUGUCCCAGAGACGGUAUUCGCUACCAUUGGCUCCUUGGCCAACGCGCUCGAGCAGGACUUCGAGAAGUACAUGCCAUCAUUCGAACCUUUCCUCAUUAAGGCUCUCAACAACCAGGAGGAAGCUCAACUCUGCUCAGUGGCUAUCGGCCUUGUUACCGACAUUGCCCGCGCUCUGGAAGGCAAGAUUCUACCACACUGCGACGCCUUCAUGAACAGCCUCCUGAACAACUUAAGAAGUCCCUCUCUCGGCAACCAAUUCAAGCCGGCGAUCUUACAGUCCUUUGGCGACAUUGCACAGUCGAUUGGUGGUGGGUUCGAGACAUAUCUGUCUGUCGUUGCUCAGGUGCUUCAGCAGGCUGCCAGCAUCAACACGCAGGAGAACGCAUCGAACUUCGAAAUGCUCGACUACAUUGUUUCACUACGAGAAGGCAUCAUGGAUGCAUGGAGCGGCAUUGUGAUGGCCCUGCGCAGCUCUGGCAAACAGCAGCUCCUUCAGCCUUACGUCGAGUCGAUCUUUCAGCUGCUACACAGCGUCUACCAGGAUCCAAACCGAACCGAAGCUCUCCUGCGGUCGAGCAUGGGCGUCAUCGGCGAUCUCUCAGAAGCCUUCCCUACCGGCGAGAUCAACCAAUUCUUCCGCAACGACUGGCUCACAUCAAUGGCCCGUGAGACCCGCGCGAACAAGGAGUUCUCGCAGAGAACGCAGGACACAGCUCGCUGGGCUCGCGAGCAGAUUAAGCGCCAGUCAGGUGAGACAUAUCUCCCCAUCGCUCAUUCGACACGUAGGCUCGUGAAUCUCCCCAUCGCCCUAGCAUAG